CGCGAGUGAAUGCUCGUGCCCCACCACGCUGCGCCUGCGCCGCGCGCCGCUCACCACACCACACUUCCACCUAGACCGGCACACACCGCGCGCGCUCGCACUAACAGUACCUACUCUCUUGUGAACAAACUGUGAUGGAGAAGGAGCACCAGCCAGACUCGAUGGCCACCAUGACCAUGAAGCCGGACUACCCCCCGUCGGAGGUCUACAGCGCCUCCGAACCACCACCGGCGUACAGACACCGCGGGUCCACAUCCGUGCAGAUCGCGCGCAUCGUGGCCCUCACCGUGGUGGCGUCGUCCUUCAUCCUGGGCUCGUUCAUCCUGGCCUCCAGCUGGGUGUCCGCGAGGUCCUCCUGCCAUCAGCUCGAGCAGCUCGAUGCCAUGCUAGAGAAGGAGCUGGCUCUCGAGGGCAGGGCCUACGGGAAUGAUGCGCUGUUGGCCGACGAGCCGCUGCCCAUCGGCAAUGCGCACGCGCUGCGCUCCGCCCCACUGCCGCUGGAGACCGCACCGCCCCGCGCCCCCGCCCCCUCCCCCGCCAGCCAGGUCAAGGAGGACGCCCUGCACCAGGCAGAGUCCAAGCUUGACGAGGAAAAACUACAGAAGAUCGACGACACCCCGUCUAAGACCGACGCCUCGGACAGCGACGAGAGCUCGGAGUCCGACGGUUCCUCCGAGGAUGAGGAUGAGCUGGACCGCCCCGUCAUCAAGCUGCCCAUCCAGUUCGACCUGGACGAGCUCGCCGGCGCCUUCCUCUCCAGCAGCCAGAAGGGUCGCAUGAACUGCGUUGUGGAGCGCCGCAACGAAGAGCCCAUGGAGCGCCGCUUCCCCUUCAACAUCCUCGGAGCCUUCGCGCCGAGGGCGUCCCACGCCGAGCGCGUCGCCAUCAUCUGCCACGGAGGAGAUGAGCCCAGAUCCGCCUUCCCCGAGCCCCAGUCGCAAGUGUUCGCCUUCCCGCUGACCGGGCCGGUGCGCCUGCCCCUGCGCCCGCAGCCCGCGCCGCCCGCGCGCCCCGCCUUCCCGCCCAUGCAGCACCGCAACAUGCCCUUCCCUCUGCCCAUGCCCUGGGACUCGUCCGAGGAGCAGCAGCAGGGCGGCAACCCGCGCGAGAUGCGCAUCCACGUGCAGCGCGUCAUCGCCAUCCCCGCGCCCCACAACAUGCCACCCCGCGACAUGCCGCCCCGCGACGACGGCAUGAGCUCCUUCGCGCCCCCGCCGCCGCCCCCACAGCACGAACAGAAUGAGAACGCCGGCCCCCAGAUGCACCAGUUCGUCCCCCAGCCAGCCCCCGUCCAGGACAUGGAGCAACCCGAGCAGCUGCCGAAGAUGUCAACCAACGUGAACAUGGGCCUCCCGUGGGGCCUGACACCCGAGGACCUGCGCCUCAUCCAGCGCACGGCGGACGACGCGCUGGCCGGCCAGCGCCGCGAGCAGAUCGACAACGACAUGCAGGAGGUUGGUGGCAUGGUGAAGACCAUCGUGAGCCAGCUGGCGGCGGCGGAGGCCGAGGCUGAAGCUGAGGAGCAGCGCCAGCCGCGUAUGGAGGAGCACCGCACGCUGCUGCUGCCGCAACAGAUGCCGCAGCAGAUGCCGCAGCAGAUGCAGCAACAGAUGCCGCAACAGAUGCCGCAGCAGAUGCAGGAGGACGAGCCGAGGCCACACUUUGUGCAGCCCCGCUCUGUGCGCAGCGCAGACUUCGCCCCCAGCAAGAGGAUCAAGCGCAGCCUGUCCUGCAACUGUCAGUAGACCGCCAGACGGUCGCAGUGUAACAUAAACUAUCAUUAGAGGACACACACUUAUAACUAACACGUCUCUGUAAAUAAAGUUGUUAAUACCUAAGCCUCAAACGGUCUCUAAUUACCAUUUAUUAUAAAAUUCGUUACAAAGGUGGCUGGUUCUAUAAAAAAUAUACAUAGUGAUUGUUGAAAGAUUUUAAUUAUAUUCUGUAGUUUUGAUUUGUAUAGAUUAUUGUCUAUUUCGUAAUAGUUUUGUUUGUGUUUAAUAAAGGUCUUCGUUUCAUACGCGGCGCACAAUAAUGUAAGAAGUAUUAGUAGUGAUUAGCGCUAGGUCGGAAAUGCAAUAAUAUAUCACAUCACACAAGUAACUUAUUGUCACACAGUGCUUGCAUUUAGAUGACAGACGAAAUAAAUUAGCCUGCAUUUAGUGUGUCGUGCAGGGCGCUACAACUCUGUGAAUCCUUCCUACUCGAGACUUUUGAAAUUUUAUUAAGUAUUAUUAUAGCUGUAAUGAGAGUUAAUAUACCUGUAUCAUUCCAGACAUUGUGAUCCUAAAUUAAAUUUUUUAUUAGUUUUAA